ACGACUGUAGCAGACCACUAGCUCUACCGCUCAUUUUCAUAUCUUGUUCUCCAAAAAUUCUCCCUUAUCACGCGCUAUUCUCCACAAAAGCUUACAUCUUUGCGCUCUCCACAAAGAGCUUUCUUCUUCAGUGUGCUUUGGGUUGGGAUUUUGUCCCAUCUGUCAUCAUGAGAUCCAGGCAUGAUCCACCUAGCAAUAGAUCGCGUCAUCCACUGUCUAUAUUUGUUGUGAUUGGUUUGUGCGGUUUCUUUUACCUCCUGGGAGUGUGGCAGAAGAGUGGUUCUGGAAAAGGAGAUAGAAUAGCAUUAGAAGUAACUAGACAGACAGACUGCAACAUCUUCAACAAUUUAAACUUUGAAUCUCAUCACAAUUAUGUGGAGAAUGUAGAACCUUCAAAGCCAAAAGCUAAGGUCUUUAAACCAUGUGAUGUAAAAUAUACUGAUUAUACCCCCUGCCAGGAGCAACACCGAGCCAUGAAGUUCCCAAGGGAGAAUAUGAUUUACAGGGAGAGGCAUUGCCCUCCUGAAAAGGAAAAAUUACGUUGCCUUAUUCCACUACCAAAAGGGUAUGUCACCCCUUUUCCAUGGCCAAAGAGUCGUGAUUAUGUCCACUAUGCCAAUGUUCCUUACAAAAGCUUGACAGUUGAGAAAGCUGUUCGGAAUUGGGUACAGUUUGAGGGAAAUGUGUUCAAAUUUCCAGGUGCAGGAACAAUGUUUCCUCAAGGUGUAGAUGCAUAUAUUAAUGAGCUUGCAUCAGUCAUUCCAAUUAAAGAUGGCACUAUCAGGACAGCACUGGAUACUGGUUGUGGAGUUGCAAGCUGGGGCGCAUAUUUAAUGAAAAGAAAUGUGUUGACUAUGUCUUUUGCACCACGAGAUAAUCAUGAAGCUCAAGUGCAGUUGGCAUUGGAGCGAGGAGUACCUGCUGUUAUUGGUGUUCUUGGAACUAUACAUCUUCCUUAUCCAUCAAGAGCCUUCGAUAUGGCCCAGUGUUCACGGUGCCUAAUACCAUGGACUUCAAAUGCUGGAAUGUACUUAAUGGAAAUUGAUAGAGUCCUGAGGCCAGGUGGAUACUGGAUUCUGUCUGGCCCUCCGAUUAAUCGCAAGACCUACUACCAGACCUGGAAGCGUUCCAAGGAGGAGCUCCAGGCUGAGCAAAGAAAAAUUGAGAAUCUGGCUAAACAAAUUUGCUGGGAGAAAACAUAUGAGAAGGGAGAUAUUGCUAUAUGGAGAAAAAGACUGGAUGACAAAUCCUGUCCCAGGAAGUCUAUCAAUUUUUGUAAAUUGAGGGAGGCCGAUGAUGUUUGGUACAGGGAAAUGGAUACAUGCAUAACCCCCUUCCCUGAGGUAAAUGAUGCAAAUGAGCUUUCAGGAGAAGAGUUGAUGAAGUUCCCAGCUAGGCUGUUUGCAGUCCCCCCUCGGAUAUCCAAGGGACUCAUUGAUGGGGUUUCUACCGAAUCUUACCAGGAGGACAAUAAACUUUGGAAAAAGCAUGUAAAUGCUUACAAGAGGAUCAACUCAUUGAUUGGCACAACAAGAUACAGGAAUGUUAUGGAUAUGAAUGCAGGUCUUGGAGGAUUUGCAGCAGCACUUGAAUCACCUAAAUCUUGGGUGAUGAAUGUUGUGCCCACAAUUGCUAACAACACUUUAGGUGUUAUUUAUGAGAGAGGUCUAAUUGGCAUAUAUCAUGACUGGUGUGAAGGUUUCUCUACCUAUCCAAGAACAUAUGACCUUAUUCAUGCUGGUGACGUCUUUAGCUUGUACCAGGACAAGUGUAAAUUCGAAGACAUACUACUCGAAAUGGAUCGAAUUUUGCGGCCUGAAGGCACUGUUAUCUUCCGGGAUGAUGUUGAUGUUCUAAACGAGAUCAGGAAAAUCACUGAAGGCAUGAGGUGGGAAACCAAGAUGAUGGAUCAUGAGGACGGUCCCCUUGUGCCAGAGAAGAGAAUGUUCGCUGUUAAACAAUAUUGGGUUGGUGGAGGAAACAUCACCUCUAGUGAUGAAUAAACCUUGUCAGCAUUUAAGUUUGGAGGCAAAAACUAAAGCAAGCUUAUGAUGCCAGUAGAUGAUUUAAGUUCUCUGGAUGCUGAGGGACUAAAGAGUUCCAAUACUUGGAAAGGCAUGGAUAAACGAAUGCAUUCUAUUACCAGGGUAAAUAGAGAAUAUGAAUGAAACCUUGGCAAGUGUCAUUGGAUGUGAUUUUGGGUGGGAACGUUAUAGUGAUGGCGAUAAAAAGUGGUAUUUGUAACCAUCAUUAUACAUCUUAACUAAAUAGCAAAUGCUGUCCAUUGCUUUUCCUCAAUUUUCUUUUUCCUUUAUAAUUUCAUCUUUAUUUUCCACUAAGCAAAACAAAUAUUACCACUGUAUAGAGAAUGACUUUCUUGAAUAAAUGGGGAUAUUAGGU